GCCACGCCGAUUCCUUUUUUUUUCUCCGCAAACGACGGGAUACGAGAUUCGUGCUACGUCAUGAAGAAUGGCUGGGCCCGUGUUCACUCUCCAGCCUCUUGUGCGUCACUCGUUGUACUUGAACCUGCCGGACGUGAUCGGAGCUUACCGUUACUCUGACUACGAGGAUAUUGUAUAAGAGGAAGCGAUGAUCCCCGAUUUGAAGGGAAGGAUAUCAGACAUCACAAGAGCAUCAGCAUCAGCCGACAAUCUUGCAGCUCCUACAACUACAACACAAACUCGUCAUUGUGCUGCCCCGAUAGCAAAUCUUCCAUCAACCUCACCGCAAACCACUAUCACACAAUCCCGCCGUCACCAUGCUGGGCCUCUUCUCUACAUGUGCCCUUCUCCUCUCCAGCUCAGCUCUAGCUCUGCCCUCUGUCCCUCGAGCCAACGCCAACUAUCCUUACCCAGUGCCUCCCACAGCACCAGGAUGCACAGACAAGUCGACGAACCUCACAGCAUGGACCGUUGGCGACUUUGACUUCCACAGUUCAUACACCUUCACAACGCCUGCCCACCAAAACUCCUGGGGCUAUGUCAACUUCACCUUGACCAACCCGGCCGUCGACUACGUGCCAGUCUGCAGUGCGGCAUCCAACCAGCUGUCUGACUUUUUCUAUGGCACAUUCGUAUACGAGUGCACUGUCCCCUCCGCAGCCGGCAAGGCAACCUUUACCUAUUCCCGUCCCAGUGGUCAGCUGCAGAUCAACCAGACAUGGAGCUGUGCCGACGAAGGCAGCCGGUUCACGGCCAUAGGAGGCGUCAACCUCAAUCUCACCUGCGAUGACACGACAUGGCAGAACCCGAACUGGACGGCCGGCCAGAUUUACUCCACUCGCACAGUCACCUGUGGCAAAGUGACGCUUCCUGCGCCUAUCGAAGAGAUGAGUGCUGUCCUGUAGUACAGAAACAGUACCAUACUACUUCCUGUGCAGAAGAAGUUCAAGCCUGUUCGUCACGGCGUUCGUUACGUGUAAUAAGAGGGACGUAUUAACGCGAAUAAUUAGGGGUUGAUGCCCUUGGACACUGGACUGCGCGAGUUGCUGCGAAGAGUGUUUGUUCUUAUUGCGGUUAUGACGGUCUUUUGAUGAUCAAUGACAUUCUUUAUGAUGAUGAAAAUGGAUUUUAGAAGGGCUCUUGGGUACCUUGGUAAUGAUUAAUCCUCGCCUGUACGGUAGUACACAGCAUAUAUAUAAUAUUAUUUGCCCAAGUUUUGAAUUGCAGCCCGCAUCCUAGGUUGGCU